UCUUGAUGGUAAUUGAUGGUGUUUUUUCCAGGGUUGGUGGGAAUGUCAUGUCAUCAGCAGCUGUGGGACCAGAGACAACAAUACCAUCACUUUCCUACACGAAGAUGAGGUAUUUGGAGAUGCCGCGAGACGUAUCCUGCGACAGCCUCGCCGCUCUCCGCAUAAAUGAGUUUUAUAGGUAGUCGGCAACUCUACAAUCAACUCCAUUCAAGAAGUUGAUUACGUUUAGGUAUGGAGCCCCUUAAAAAAUUUCAAGCAACAAAAUGGUGCUGAGAAGAAUGCCUGCAUCAUUUGUAUAUUUGCCUCUCUUAAAGUAUAUGGAGAAAAAAGUGUGAUGGACAGCGAUGAUGAAGAGGAGCGCAGCAGUGGUUGUGGGGGUGGGAGGGGUAUGGCAAUGCCAAUGUGUGCACGAGGUACUUCUCCCCCUUCUUCUGUCUACCGCAAGGUAGUCCAAGAGACCAACUACGAUUCACCCGACAGCAUGAAGGCACUAACAAAAGCUGCGUAUAGUUACGGAACUCUCCCCAGAAUUCACAGCCAUAAAUCCGCCAGUUUACCAGCGAGAGGGAAAGAUACAGAUAACCCGCCAGUCUUGGAUCUCUUACGUGUAGUGCCAGAAGAUCUUGCAACACAGAUAACACGCAUGGACUUCCCAGUUUUUAAAUCCAUAACCCCAGAAGAACUGACCUCUUGUGGCUGGACAAAAAAAGACAAAUUAAAAUCUGCUCCAAAUGUUGUCGAGUUUACCCGCAGGUUCAACCAUGUGAGUUUCUGGGUUGUGCGAGAGAUUCUGAAUGCUGGAGGAGUUAAACACCGGGCAGAGAUGAUGGGACACUUCGUCAAGGUCGCCAAGAAGCUCAACGAACUCCAUAACUUUCACUCUCAGUUUGCCAUCAUCAGCGCCUUGCAGUCUGCUCCUAUAUAUAGAUUAAAUAAGACUUGGGCAGCGCUCUCCCGGAAGGACCGUCAGCAUUUUGAUCGGAUGACGGAGCUCUUCAGUGACAAGAACAACUGGGAACAACUUCGUAGUCUUGUCAACAGUCUGAAGCUCCCGAUGAUUCCUUACCUUGGUUUGUUCCUAACGGAUUUAGUGUACAUCGACAUGGCACACCCGCACUUUGGGGGUCUAGAGUCUGAACAACGGCAACUGAAGAUGAACAACAUUCUUCGGGUAUUAGCGGACUACCAGCAAUCAGACUACUCGGCUCUCCCACAUCUGCAGCAUGUUCAGGCUUACUUGGCAUCUGUCAGAUACAUCGAGGAGCUGCAGAAGUUUGUAGAAGAUGAUCACUACAAGUUGUCCCUUCAGCUGGAGCCUAACACCCCCAGCAGCAGUCACAGCGCUAGUAAAGACAGUGUCGCUGAUGCUGCUGGUGGUAUCAGCUCUCUUAAUGUUUCCCCAUCUGCACGCAUGGGUGUAGGAAGACCUCCAGCUCCACCACCCACACAUUCCUGCCCCACUCACGGCCAGCAGGGGAAAUUUGUCCCGACUCACCGCAAAGCUCGCAGUCUAGGAACCAAAUUUCGGAGUAUGAGUCUCCCACGCAAUCUCCAUCGCUCCGAACCCCAGACUCAGGGGGGAGACCGCUUCGGUCAAACAACUCAAAAUUCACAAAUACAGUGGGACGGCUGGACGGCUUGCAGCAGCAUACACAUGUAUUUGAGUCAGAUCAUCUUCAAAGGUUGCUCUGGCACUAGUGAAGGGAUGCGCUGUGACUCUGUGAAUAGCCUGGGUAGUCAUGAGCCAGGUUGUCCGUCAGCUCAGGGAUCACAAGGUUCAAGACACUUGUUAGAUGACUCGGAGUUAGACCCACCACCACCUCCCCACCACGACUGUACGUCUCCACCUUCACACACACUCACACGCACAUGGUCAGGUCUGUCAUCAGACUCGGAUACAGAGGUUGUGUUUGAGGUCAGCGGCGAGGAGUGUGGAGUGCAAGGACCAUUAAGACGUAAAACUGUCAUCAAAGAUGGCCGUCGGCCUGCAGUAGCAGCGUGGCAUAGAUACUGG